UUUCAUUGUCAGAGACUUGAUUUAAACUCGGAGCGAGAUAGUGCCUUUUGAUUAGUUUAAAUUUUUAUGUAGUUCAUUUUUACAUCACACAUGCAUAAUGAGGUGUUUUGUUGCAGUGAAUUUUUUUGUUAUAUUGCUAUUUUUUACCAGGAGUAGUAAAUUGCCGUCUUUUAAUUCACUAAUUCUUAUUAUGUCAGAACUAAUAUGUUUUAGGGCUUUAUACGCAGCGAAGCAUGAAAAUUCAUUUAAAGGUUUACUUAUUGCACUUGAACUUACCACAACAUACUUGGGGCUAUCUUUUUUUGUUGUUGGUAAAGUAGGAAAUAAUUCAUGCUUCGAUAAUUGCUCCAUCUUUUUCUUUCUUUUUGGUUGGGGACUAGUGAUGGCAACGAUUAAUCAUUUGAUUAAAUUAAUCGUUUAUUUUCAUUCAAUUUAAGAUUUAAUUGCAUCGAAACACCUUUUCUAAUUACUAGACUAUUACUCGAGUAAUUGCAAAAUAAUCGCAAACAGCAUUUUGAAAUUUAAUACAUUUUAUGUUCAUAUAAGUAAACGUACCAGGGUCGAAAUUGGUCGCAUCAAUCAUUAAUGACUGGAAACGGUGUACACAUAGUUAAAUUAUAAUAUGUCAACGUGGUUUAAUAUCAACAAAUGAAUGUCUGGUAACACUGCAUUUACUGUUAAGUCAAGCGCACUUUACGUUUAAUUGUUUGAAGAGCAAUGUCGCCAGUUAAAGGCGAAGUGUGGAAAUUUUUUAAUAAAAUAAGCCACAACUUCGUUAAAUGUCAACUUUGCUGCAAACAUUUCUAAUUUUCUUUUCUACAAUCUAGGAUUGCGAUAACGUUGUCCCCAGUUAUAAAGUUUUUACGUACUUAAAUAAUAGUUGCAGAUGAUACUAUGAGUUUGACCUCUGGGAUCCUCACAAAACUCUAGUGCACAAAGGAAGGAGGAAGGACAACGAUUUUACAUCUCCAGAAGCAGACCUGGUCACGCGUUGCUGUGGCUAAAGAUUUUGUUAUAUACAUCGAGGAAGAGAAAACGGGAGGACAAGGAAUGAGGAAUGAGGAAAAAAGUCAAGAUCAAUAUCGACGAGGAAAUUCACCAAGCGCAAAUCUUAUAUUCUUUUACACCCGAUUACAACUUUGGAGAAAAUGUUACCGUUAGCCCUUGUAAAGAAGGAAUACGAGGCGAAACGAGUAAUACAUUCAUUAAUGGAGUACCUGUUGAUGGUCCAGAAACAACUCCUAGCCCAAAAGAAAGACUUAGGAGAGUGUUCCAUGAUGAACUUAGUGGGAAGCCCCUUAAAUCUAGAAUCAUCCACAGCAUUUACAGAAGCGACUGUAGCUAUGGAGACUUCGUCAAGGAUCCUGAACAGUUAUGCAGAAAAUUUUUAUUGGCCACGACUGCAGUUAUUCCAACAACUCAUGUAGAUGUGCAUUCUACAAUGUCCUCCCAAACCAGCAAAUCAAUCGAAGAUAUGCUUGAAGAAUCAUUCACUCUUGGAAGUUCACGAUCGACCUCUGGAUCAAUCUCGCAAUCUGUUUGCAGAAAGAUUCGAGGAUGUACUUAUACAUCAACAUCACCGGGCGAACGUGGCUUCCAAGUAGUGAAACUCGAUGUCUUCGAUUUUAUAAAGAUUUGCAAGAAGCCGUGCUCCUGUGGAUCCGAAUUAUCAACUGGUAAUGCGAUUGCUACUUGCAGCAUUGAACCAGAUAAACAAGACAUCCUUCGGCACCAACACAUCAUAUUUUAAAUACUUCACAGUGGCUAGAAUCUAAGUUUAGGUUUUGGGAUAAACAAUGUUCACUAAUUAAAAAUUGUAUUAAAAUUGUAAAUAACUAUAUCAAUAAUUUAAGUUUUAAUGAAUUGUAUAUGUAUUUAAAAACUAUAGAACCUCAAAAUCUGAUUUUUGAUGCACCACCUUGUAAUAUUUAUAAUUAUUAUUAUUGCAUUGAUUAAUCAAUUGAUGUUUUAGAAAAUAUAUUACAUUAUCAAUUUUAUAACGAUUAUGAAAGAAUUGAAGAAUUUUCGCAAAAUUUAUAUAAUGUUAUAGAUAAGUUAGUACCUAAAAAAAUAUUAUGUUAAUAUUAAGUCCGCCAGAUACUGGUAAAAAUUUAUUUUUCGAUACGUUUAUCCAUUAUUGUUUAAAUUUUGGGAUAGUGAAAAUGGGAAAUGUGUAGAUAAAAGGAUAAUAUUGUGGAACGAACCAAUAUUGGAAGCUUCUGCAACAGAAACUUUAAAAAUGUUAUUUGGAGGUGAUACGGUAUCAGCUAAAGUAAAUUAUUGUAAUGAUGCUGUAAUAAUGAGAACACCUGUAAUUGUUUUAUCUAAUAACGAUGUGUUUCCACAUGAUAAUGCUUUUAGAUUACGAACGUUUGUAUAUUAGUGGCGACCGUUAUUCAUUUAAAAAGUUUAAAGAAAAAAGCCACGCCCAUUAUCUUCAUAUUUCUUAUUAACAAAAUAUAAUAUAAUACAA